AUGUCUUUCCCCGUUGUCGAUGGCGUCGAGGUGUUGGUGGCACCUCCGGAGGGCUACCAAGUCAACUUUACACACCCUUUCAAGGACACAGCGACCAUCAACUCGAGUUACUGGGCGUUUGGCAUCAUGUUCUCGGUUGCCUUUCUGUUCUUGUCUCAACGUAUCUAUACAGCAACCUUCAUUUUGCGCAAAUGGCGUAUCGAUGAUUACAUGAUCGUUGCGGCAUGGGUUCUGACUACCACUGCCCAGUCGCUGAUCCUUCAUUGCCUCACCCAAGGCGUCCUGGGAGUGCAUAUCUGGGAGAUGUCUAUUGACGAUGCUAUUUGGGAAACAACCCUCAUUCAUGCGACGACUUUGACUGUUAUUCCGGGAACCGUACUAGCGAAGUUGGUGCUAUGCAUCUUCUACGACCGCCUAUCUCCCGUCGUUUGGUAUCAUUACGCCAUCAUGUUCACCUCCGCCAUCACCGUCGCCGCCUUUACCGCCGUGUGGUUCUCCGUCCAGUUUGCCUGCACCCCGAUCGAAGCAGCAUGGAACCUCCGACUAUUCGACGGCACCAACUGCAUCGAUCGCCCUCCCGUCUACAUGCUCCAGGCCAUCAUGGGCGGUGUCACAGACAUCAUGCUCAUGGCUCUUCCCUUGCCUACUAUCUACCAACUACAAAUGUCGUGGAAGCAAAAGGCAGCGCUUGUUGCGUGGUUCGGAACCGGUCUGAUCACUUUAGGAGCUGCCGUGGCUCGUCUGGUAAUUCUUAUUCCCAGUUUGAAAAACCAGGAUACCACGUUUGUGCUCGCGCAAGGCACGCUAUGGCUGAUCGUCGAGGCCAACCUCAUCAUCAUCUGCGGCUCGCUGCCGACUUUCCGCAUCUUCCUCAACCACGUCGCGCCCAAGAUUCUGGGCGAGGCAUCUACUCGCGGCGAAAGUAGCAACAAGGGAGCUGCUUCAGGAGGCAUGCGGUACGCGAUGCGGACGUUCGGGAGCUCGCAGCCCAAGCGAAGGCACUUCGACACUAUCGACGAGCUCGAGCUGUGCGACAGACCAUACGGCUCGGAGACGAGGUGGAAGACGGAGGCCGACGAAGCUGGACUCGAAGAUACCCACAACCGGAGGAAGAGCCGCUCAGAGGCCAGUGAUGAGGAGGCUAUCAUCAAGACAGUACAGAUGUCGGUCACUCAUGAGCGUCGUUAG